AUGGUGUCUGCGAAUUCGACGGCAACUCGUAGCUCACUGGAGCUAAUGCUGGAUAAACUACAGCUAGUGGAUGAUCAGCCAAGUGAGAAUAUUCCACCAGCAUUGCCCGUUAGGCCCGUUUCGCGGGCCCGGUUGCCACGGGCCACAAAGUCUUUAAUGCAGCUUGAUCAUCUUCAGAUGAAGGUAACCAAUUUUUCACAGAGAGAAUUAGUCGAAAAUUCGAAACGAUUAGUAGCAGAAAAGGGAAUAUCCAACAUCCAGAAAUGCUACCGCGGUCACCGAAUUCGCUGCGGUUACAAGGAGCUUACAAGAGGAGCAAUUGCUCUGCAAUCAUAUAUACGCGGUGAAAAUGCACGGAUACAGAAUCGGAGUCCAUGUAAUGAAACCACACACGAGCAUCCAUCGAGCGAAAUAUCAGCAGACACAAAGGUGACAUAUAGUUUUCUAGUUGAUCUUCGAACGCGAGUUUUGAGGACAGAGGCGAAAGUAAGGGGAAAGCAAGAGGAAAAUAAUGCUCUUAAGAUACAGCUCGAAGAAUUGGAUAAGAAACGGCAAAAAUACGAGGAAAGAAUGAAAUCCAAAGAGAAGGAAUGGCAAGAUCAGUUUACAUACAUACAAGAAUGUCUAGCUGAAGCAGCUAAGGCGAAGAAUCGAGAUCCGGAAAUAAGAAACGAUGAUCGAAACAUGGAUGCAAAUACUAUGAGGAGCAUGGAUUAUAAUGAACUGAAGCUUAGAUUUAAAGAAUGGAAGAAAGAGUAUAAAAUAAAGUUAAGGGAAAUAAAUUCAAUAUUCAAGAAGAUUGGUAAUUCAGAAACUGGGAAAAGCCAACACAUGAAGUGGUGGGGGAGAUUAUCAAGCUGA